UCGGGGCAAGCGCCGUGGCAUCGCACGGGCGACCAAUCGGCUAAAAGCUUCUUCCGGGAGAGGCGCCAAUAGCGAGGCGCGGUAGCGUUAUCCAAUGAGCCGAGUCCUACUUCGCGGGAGGCUAUAAAAGGGCUGGGUGCGGGGCCUCCCGCCUCACUUCGUCGCGGCGCUCCAAGAAGGUGGGUGUCGCUCACAGCGGACCGAGGCGCCAUGUCUGGCCGUGGCAAGAGCGGCGGUAAGGCCCGAGCGAAGGCCAAGUCUCGCUCAUCCCGGGCCGGGUUGCAGUUCCCCGUUGGGCGAGUUCACCGGCUGCUGCGGCGCGGGCACUACGCGGAGCGGGUGGGGGCCGGCGCCCCCGUUUACUUGGCUGCCGUGCUGGAGUACCUGACGGCCGAGAUCCUGGAGCUGGCGGGCAGCGCGGCCCGCGACAACAAGCAGACGCGCAUCAUCCCCCGUCACCUCCAGCUCGCCGUCCGCAACGACGAGGAGCUCAACAAGCUGCUGGGCGGCGUCACCAUCGCGCAGGGCGGCGUCCUGCCCAACAUCCAGGCCGUGCUGCUGCCCAAGAAGACCGGCGGCGCCGUGGGCCCCACCAAGGCUGGCAAGAAGGGCAGCGGGCAGCAGUCGCAGGAGUACUAGGCCGGUCGCUGUCGCUCCCCCCACCCCGACAUCACACAAAGGCCCUUUUCAGGGCCACCCCAUUACUCGGCAAGAGAGCUGCGAUCCGCGGGGCGAGGGGCGGGCGGGGGGUGGGGCACGGACACCCGCAGGGGCGGUGGGGAACCGGCCCGCGCGAGUCCGGCUAGGAAAGCUGAACAGGCUGCUCCGACAACACACUGGGGCGCAUGUAAUUUCACUGUAUUUAUCGCCUGUUACAUUCAACGGACAUUGCAUAGAGAAUAAAACACUUCAUUUCCAAAACGGGA